AUGUCAAAUUGGAUUCGGAAACGCCCCGUCAAUUUUGAAGAAUGUUUCCAUCGCCGAAAACAAUUGAGACUCGAGAAUGUCGAUGAAAUCUGUCUGCACGAGCUCAUCUCUGCUAAUCGACGUCUCCAAGUGAAAGAAGGUUUAUCAACAAAUGGGAAGAGUACACACGUUUUUGUCAAAUCAAAGGAGGAUUGCUUGAGUCAAAAUGAUAAACUAAUCACGAUGCGAUUGCCUGUGAAAGAGAACUUGUACAAGCUUCACCCAAAUGCUUCUUCAGCGUCAGAGACAGUUGACGAUGAAGAACUGGAAGAUCUACAGACGGAGAUUCUUUUUGGCGGUGAUUAUGAAGAAGCAAGUGGAUCCGAGGAUUUCACCCAUAUUGAAAAGUUCUCGAACCUUGUACUGCAAGAUUCUGUGAAAGUGACGCAAGACGAGGAUGAAACAGUACUGAAGAACUUCUUUGUGCAAGGAUUGGGAUCACUUCCAGCUGAAGCUCAAUUGGCUGUUUCACUUUGUAAUUCUUUCAACGAGCUUCAUCUCCAUCGUUUUCCAUUGCCACGCAAGCUUUUUAUGUGUUCUUUUUCGAAUUGCCUUCUUUUUCUAUUGCUUAUCAAUCGUGCCACCGCAAAAUUCUUUUCACUUCAAGUUUGUAGCCCAGAGAAUGUUGAUUUGUUCUUCUUAAAAACGGUUAAAAUGGUAAAAGCGUAUUUUAUGCGAGAUCCUGUUGAGAAUCAACGAGAUUCGUGUGAAUUAGAUUUACCAAAAGAAGCCAAUGAAGAAGAUUUGAGAAGGAUUGCUGUUUGGACACAAAAGAUACCGAUCAUUGAUGGAUGGGAAACUAAAUUGGAUGAGGAGGCAAAAAAGGUCGGCUUGAAUUUCCGCGAUGAAAUCUUCGUGAACAAGGAAAAAAUGCCGAAUUAUGAGGAAAAGAUAAAGAUUUUCUUCGAAGAACAUCUCCAUUUGGAUCCCGAGGUUCGAUUUGUAAAGGAUGGAUCUGGAUACUUUGAUGUCAGGGAUAAAGAGGAUAAAUGGAUUCGAUUGGCGGUGUCGGCCGGUGAUUUCAUCUUUCUCCCGGCUGGAAUCUAUCAUCGAUUCACCGUUGAUCACAAUGAUUUCAUCAAUGCAAUUCGUUUGUUCAAAGAUGAGCCCAAAUGGGAAGCAUUCAACCGAUCCGAUCAAGCUGAUGAGAAACCAAUUAGAGCGCAAUAUUUACAGGAAAUCUCUACU